AUGCGGUUCAUCGUGCAGCAGCAGGAUGUGUGGCGUGUACUUCGGAACGCCUCGAAGCACACGGCAAGUGAACGCAAGCGGGCGUAUUUUUUUUUGUUUGCGUACUGUCUUAGUGUUGCGGCACUUUUUGCGAGUUUCCUGCACUUUAUCGGUGCAUGGGUUGCAGCCGGUCUCAUUCAGCUUGUCAUGCUCAUCUUUGCCAUGCUGUAUGCUCUCAACAUUGCGGACUGCCGUGACAAGUGCCUGAACGUGCUAGAGUGCGAGCGGAUUGUCAACCCGGUGAUGGAGGUUUACGUUGGUCUCCGUGCGUUACAGCUGCUACACGCCAUUUUUUUCAUUCAAAGCAUUGUGCUAUCACUUUGCUACACAAUGGCGUUGUUGUUUCUCGUUUGGCGCAUUUCGCGAGGUGCCUUCUUUGUCGACGCUACGAGUCUUUGGCGUGAGGUCGGGCGAUUGGAGCAGGGAUCGUACUUCCACAUAUCCAUCGAUGUUUUGCUGUUUGUGGUGUACCUUGUGUGCAUGGUGUUUGCCAUUGUCGCACGCUACGCGAAAUAG